AUAUAAGUGAUAGAAAAGCGAAUGCUUCUUUCCGUCAAUGCAUAUGUAUUCCAACGAUAAGACAGUGCUCUAUACGGUACAGAUACGAACCCAUAUGUAUACAGUUAUGUAUAUAUCCGGAGGCAUCUACACUAGGUGUGUGGACAGAGGGUAUACAUGCAUGCCAUAGGCAUAUAAUUCUUGUGCCUCAUGGCACGCAAAUAACAAGUUUUUUCUUCACCCCUAGGAUGUUUCGGCCCACUGUUUUCUUGUGUUUGUGCACGCACUGUGUCUCCUUUCUCGUAAGCGUGCAGGUGUGUCAGAACCUGGGGAAUUUUCUUCGCGACAUCGGUACAAACAUGCGCCGAGUUUUUCAAGAUUCAUACGCGUUUGGAAUCCAUAAACGGGCUGAAGAGCUAGCUGGAUUUCUACAUUACACAAUCGUCAGUCAGACGGUCACAGAGGCGUUAUUCGAAUUUGUUGAACAACACGUAACCGUUGCAGCCCUUGAGGCCGUUCUGAAUGCGACAUCGUCGGUUAUAGAAAUUCCUUCGGAUAGUCAGGUGUUUAAGCUGAUUAAUGCCCUUCUUUCUCUUGGGGGGGACUUUUAUUCCCUUGCAGAUAUGACUGCGGUCGACUUCGAGAAUAAAAACAUUGUCAGGUCGAAGGUACGGAAUGCCUUCUACUGCCGCCUAUUCAACGGACGUCUACGAUUCUGCAUGCCUUCCGUCAUUCCGCCCACAAGCGUCGCGACCAUCCCGAGAGAGACUGUGUUUGAUCCGGCAACUGGAUUCAUCAAAUUUAUAUACUUGAUUGGGUUUCAGUUCUCUUGCGAGCAACAGGGAGGCUGCUUCGCCGAUAUUUCUAUCGAAGGGAGCAAUUUCGAUGGAUUUUACGUCUUGGCUGCAGUCGGUACCUCAGGAUUUCCUGUCUACGCCGCCUUCCGCGAGUUCCAAAAUUUUCCUGAACUUAGACGGUUAUAUCUGUGGCAGGGAUUAAGGCCUUCGGUUGUCGACGCAUCUCAGGCAUCAUGGGCCGCAAUCACGCCGUUCUUCCCAGAAUCGUAUUAUGCAGCCACUCGAGGUCAGCUUUUCCCGUUCGCGUCCCUCGCCAGUUUGUCACCCCCAAACAACUGCUCGGAUUUGCCUCCAGUACCUUUUGGAGACACAACUACAAAUUUUCCGGCUUGUUUGAACGUCACUGCACAGUGGGUUGUAGGACGGGUGGCGGCCUUCGGAAACUGUAACGGAUUCCUUUAUUCCCACGUAUGCGUUUUUCCUGCAAUUGUCGAAACAUUUCCAACCAGCAAUCCGGAAACAUGGUCAGUGCAAGAGACAAGCUCUUCCACGCCCGGCCCUUCCUCUCCCUCUCCAGGUGAACCGGGGCCCAGUCCCCCUGGCGGUGGCGUCCCUCCCGGCGGUUCCCCCUCUAGACUACUCGCGAGACAUGGUGAGACUGCAGCGGAGAUUGCUACUGGGGGGUCUAUAGACAAACUAAAAAGCAUCGAAGAUGAAGGAGUACACUACACACGAGACAACAUGCACACAAACGAGUUAAAGAAGUUUGGGGGGCUGAACGGGGAACACGUGGGUUACCUGCCACCAUUCGCCGGUGAUACCGGUGACAAAAGCUGGACAGACAAGAAGAAGAUGCGAGUUUUUCUGAAGGGUGACGAGUUGAAGAAGGAGACUGAGAAGCUCAAUCUGUUGUCUGGCACGAAUGGGCGGCGUUUUCAGUCCGCCGUCCCAGUACACAGAUCCCAGUUUAUCGAUGGAUUCAGCGGUCAGCUGGACAUCUAUAUUCCCCCAUUCCUGCACAUCCCCAUAGAUAUAUGGUGAGGCCACAGGGAACGGAAACAAGGCAAGCAAACGCGGGCAGCAUCGAGGCAAAUGCAGAUUACACCUUACAAACGCUACGUCUUUGAAAAUAGUUUUUAUUAACCCGCGAUGCGCAUCGCUGCAAGGGUUGUCAACGUCAAGUCGCCGUGCUGGCGCCCACGACCGGUUUCGACAGCCCAACUGAAACCUAAGUGAGCGACUGAUUUUCAUCUAGAAAUAUGCUGUCGGCAAACAGAGAAUCUUGUUUUCUGUGCUGCCGCUUUUCGUCUUCGAAAGAAUGACAGUGGAGCGCUCAUGCGAGUUGAAUUUGUCGACUUGACGACGUGUUGUGUCGGUUCGACGGCGUUGAGCGGUCAACGCCACUGUAAUGCGGAUUUGUUUUUGUAAUGCUUUUGUAUCUCAGAAUGAAUAGUGUAUUAAACUGUUCCGCACCCGAAGCAGUUUACGAUAACUAGUCCCAGGUGAAACCCUAUUGAAAAUGCAUCUUGCUCGUGGAAUCAUCUGCUGGGCUACAUUGCCUGAACAUACGCCUGACAGGUAGUGGCAGCUCAUCUCGUACAUUGUACAUGCAGUGCUAAACAACAGUAUGUUGUUGUGCAGGCGAUGCUAUCGUUGCUUUUUCCGGUUCGUCCAGUUUACAUGCAAGCGAGGCAACUAUUGUCACUGGUAGAGGUAGAAAGCAGGUCACAUCAUCAUGACGUUACGCUAGUUUUGAGACCACAUAGCACGUUGGAAAAAUAUUCUCCAGACGAACUAUGGAGGAAUGGAUCUAAAGGGGUAUAUCUGGGAGAAUGCGUUGGACGGCAGACCAGUUGAACCCGGUCUAUGGAAGCAGCAAAACAAUUUUUAUCACAGUAUACAGGUCUUUUUGCGCGGCCAACGUGCCCAAAACUAUUCUUGUCAUGCCCCUGCGCGUUAGACGUCAAAACAAAUGUAACGUUGGGAUGCAUUAUGCGCUGUACGUCUUCGCGGCUCCCAUCCUUUUCUAUUGCUUGCAAACCUCCUGCCACCUGCAGCCCCUGCUUUCGUGCAAUGGAGAAGACAAGUACUCGACCCAACCUCAAUGGUUUCUCUU